AUGAAAACCUUGAUGAUUGUAGAACAGUACAGAUAUGAGUUCUUCACUCUGUUCAAGAAUCUAGGUAUGAGUCGAUUUGGGGAUUUCACGAUUAAAGAAGACAGAGAGGAAAAUCAAAAUCGAUUGAGUAAUCAAUCGGGGACAGGAUUUCGCCCUGUUCCAUUGGAGAUUUCUUCGAUUCCUGUUUGUCGUCCUUCUUCCCCAAAGAUUCAACCCCCUUCGACUGAUUGUAACCCUAAACCGAUUUCACCAACUCCAAGAAGUGAUCCAAUUCCGAUUAAUCCUGAAAUUUGUGAUGAUUUUGAUGAACAUUGCUGUUAUAAUAAGAGUUCAUCCUACCCUGAGCUUUGGGCUGGACCAACUUACUCAAAUUCACCCCCUGCAAGUUCAUUGCCAAUGCCCAAUUUCUCAAUUCGAAGAAAUAUAAUUUUGUCACUCCAAUUGCCCACCGGUUCAACCGCUCAAGCAAUCAGAAGAACUCAACCAAUUGUGAAAUCUGCACCACCAUCCCCAACGCGGGGCCAUAACCAUCGCCCUUCUUCUUCUAGAGAGCUAUUUCAUGGUGUUGAUGAUGCAACAAGAACACUUAAACAAAUUCUUCACCUUGAUAUUGACUCUGAAUGA